AUGCCGAACAAUAAGCAACUAAGUGAUCGCAAGACGCCACAAAAUACAGAUAAAGCUCUUGGGCAUGUCGAAAAAAUAGAACGUGCAAAAAUUGGUACUCGAUGGAAUAUCUCCGACCAUAACUCAAACUUAGAAAUUAAUGACAACAAAACCGAUAAACACAGUAUUUCAAUAGACGGAGGUUAUGGUUGGGUUAUUGUCGCGGUUUCUUUCUACUGUAACUUUGUAGUCGACGGUAUCUGUUAUGCAUUUGGAAAUCUACGACCACUUUUACAAGAAAAAUUUGUCGGAAACUCUGAAGCAACUAUAGCUUUUAUUGGCUCGUCUCUGCUUGGAGCAUAUCUUUUGGUUGGCCCUAUCGUAAGCGCAUUUAUCAAUAAAUAUGGUCCAAGAAUUGUUGUGGCGAUAGGUGGCAUAAUAACGUCUUUAGCAUUCCUCUGUUCCAUAUUCAUAACCAAUAUUUAUUGUUUAAUUUUCGUUUUUGGAAUAUUGGGAGGAGCAGGACUUGGUUUUCUAUAUCUGCCGGCAACAGUUGUUGUCUGUUUCUUCUUCAAAAAAAAGCGCUCGUUGGCAACUGGAUUUGCAGUAGCCGGUUCAGGAGCUGGCAACAUCGUCAUGCCUCAGAUAAUUGCUCAACUUCACUCUAGCGGUUUCACUGUCAACUGCAUAGUAUUAACAGCUUUCGCUGCAUCAUGUAUUUUUGUUGGCAUGUUAUAUAUAGUUCCGGACGAGUUUUGGGACGCUGAUAAGGAAAAAAACUUAGCUCAAUCUACUUUUUCAAAAACUGAUGUUCUGGAGAAUUCUAUAGAUGCACUAAACUUACAGAGGCCUUACAGUAGUACAACGAUUGAGGAUCUAACAAGAACAAAACUGGAAGAUGAAGUGAACUUGAGACUAGUUCCUGAUAACGAUAUUCCCAGCCAAGGGAUUGUUGAAACUCUGGUGGAGUCUAAGAGUAAUGUUUUAAGUCGUUUAGGAGAGAAACUGCAAGAGGCUGUUGUUACAGUCGAAAGUCAAAUAAAAUCUGUACAAGUUUCAGGCGGGACUUCAACAGAUGGAAGUAAAGUACGGAUGAUAGACGCUUACCUGAAAUUAAUGAAAGAACCUGUUGAAAUUUUGAUGGUAUUGACAAAUUUACUGGCAAUGACAGGGUUUUAUGUACCAUUUGUUUUUCCUGCAGAUUUAGCUGUAUCGAAAGGUGUUUCAUACGACGACGCAAAACUUCUUGUUUCUAUCAUUGGCAUUUUUAAUACUACAGGUCGACUGUUGUUCGGUUGGCUAGCUGACCGGAAAUGGAUUUCUGCUUUAACUUUGCAUAAUACUUCGCUGAUAGGCGCCGGAAUUCUUACUAUUCUUUGUCCUUUCUGCAGUAAUUACACUAUGUUCUUGAUAUAUUCAGUUCUCUUUGGACUCCUUGGUGUCCUGGCUGAAUGGCUGGGCCUUGAUGAGAUCUCAAUUGCGUUUGGAUUAUUAAUCCUUGGCAGAAGCUUUGGUUGUUUUUUUGGAACGCCAAUCGCGGGUGCUAUCAAGGAUGCGACAGAGUCAUUUGUCUACCCUUUCUACUUGAGUGGGACAUUUCUUAUCACUGGUGGUUUAGCAGGUUCCUUGAUACCGGUGCUGUCGAAACCAAAGGGGUCACAAAAAGAGUCCCAGAACUUCAAUAACGAAGUGUAA